UAUCGUUACUAAGGCAAGUCUGAGUCAAGUAUAAAGGGAAUAACAUGGUGUCCCAGUGGCUGUUUAUGUUUACUAAAAGAACAGAUUAGAAAGGGCAUUCAGCGGGGCACGGCGGAAUUUUACUUGUAGUCACAGAGUUUUGUUUUUUUUUGCACUUUAGUUUUUUUUUAUGUUAAGAUUUACAAGGCCAUUGGCAUGUAAAUCUCAUAUUUCACUAAUGUGCCAGUCUUACAAAUGGAAAGGGGGCUUCACUUUGGAAACGUGAGCAUUUCCCUGGUGCUCCUGCUGUUGCUGAAAGUGCUCAUCGGAUUCGGGACGUCGCAAGCUCAGGGCUCCACCAUCGCGAGGGACCCGCAGCCCGCCGCCCGGGGCUCAGGUUCGACCUCGGUGGACGAUGGUGUAAGAGUCAUGGAACGGGGCUUGGACAACCUGGGUUCCCCGGUCAUUGGUGCUGACGUUACGGUGGAGGACGACGAGAACGGGUCGGCUGCGGAAACCGACGAGCCGUACCCGGAAAGUAACGGAAAUGUCCCGACAAGGUCUCUCGUGAUCAUCAGUACUCUUGAUGGGCGGAUCUCAGCUCUAGAUCCUCACAACCAGGGCAGGAAGCAGUGGGACCUAGAUGUUGGCUCAGGGUGUCUUGUGUCCUCCAGUCUCAGCAAACCGGAGGUUUUUGGCAAUAAGAUGCUUAUCCCUUCCCUGGACGGUGCCUUGUUCCAGUGGAACCGGGACAGGGAGAGUAUGGAGGCAGUGCCUUUCAACGUGGAGUCCCUGUUGGAGUCCUCGUACCGCAUCGGAGACGACACAGUCCUGGUCGGGGGCAAAUCCCUCACUACCUACGGCCUGGGGGCCUACAGCGGCAAGAUUCGGUACAUCUGCUCGGCGGGGGGGUGCACUCGGUGGGGGGAGGAGGACAUGGAGGCCGAAGACAUGCUCCUGGUGCAGAGGACUCAGAAGACUGUGCGAGCCAUCAGACCUCGAUCAGGGAUGGAGAAGUGGAACUUCAGCGUUGGAAACUUUGAGCUGAAGCUCGUUCCUGAGGCGCAAUCCGGAAUCAACUUCCUGGAAGGAGAAGUGGCGAACAGCGAUGGUUGGAAGGAGAGUCCAAAGGUCAUCACUGAGGAACCAAAAGAGAGGGAUCAGACGGAGAAUCAGCGAAGUCAGAACCAGAAUCUGGACCUGGUCAUUAAAGUGUCUGUUCCUGAUUGGAAGGUGAUGGCAUUCAGCACUGAGCCUGACGGACAGCUGGUCUGGGAGCAUCGGUUCUAUACGCCCAUUGCCUCAGCCUGGCUGGUGGGUGGGGGCAAAGUCACACCAAUCAGCCUGUUUGACGACAACACCUACAGGAGCCAGGCAGAAACCGAUGAGGAGGACGAAGAUGGAGACAAAAACAGAAGGUCUUCAGAUUCCAGCGUUUACCUCGGGAUGUUCCAGGGACAGCUCUACCUCCAGUCCUCAGUGAGGAUCACAGAAAAGUUCCCCUCCAAAGCGAUUGGCUUGGAGAAGGACAUAAUCCUACUCCCCACUGUGAAGUGGAAGCCACUAAUCCAUUCCCCAUCACGGACGCCUGCCCUCGUCGGCUCUGAUGAGUUCGACAAGUGUCUGAAUAAUGACAAGUAUUCCCAUGAUGAGUACAGCAACGGCGCCCUGUCCAUCCUUCAGUAUCCAUACGACAACGGCUACUACUUCCCAUACAGCAAGCGUUACCGGGAGAAACGGGACAGCGCCAUCAGCCUGAUAAACGGUAAUGGGGCGGCAGUCGAGAACCGCAGGAACAAGGACCCCGUGCUCCUCCUGCCCUGGUGGAAGGAGAUCAUCGGCACCAUCAUCUUCUGCAUCGCCGCCACCACCUACAUCGUCCGCAAGUUCUUCCACCCUCCAGCUCCUGUGGCCUAUGUGCGGCAACGGAAAGAGUCGGAGACACAGUGCCAGACAGACUCCAAGUUUGACCUUGAAGUUGUGGAAUCCAAAGAGCCAGUUGCUAUGGAGACCCGUUCCAGUGAAUAUGUGUCCAGGUACCUGACAGACUUUGAGCCAGUGCAGUGCCUCGGCCGCGGGGGGUUCGGCGUUGUGUUUGAAGCCCGCAACAAAGUGGACGACUGCAACUACGCCAUCAAAAGGAUCCGUCUGCCCAACAGGGAGCUUGCCCGUGAGAAGGUGAUGCGAGAAGUGAAGGCUCUAGCCAAGCUGGAGCACCCGGGGAUAAUCCGCUACUUCAACGCCUGGCAGGAGAGCCCCCCUGAGGGCUGGCAGGAGGAGAUGGACCAGAGGUGGUUGAAAGACGCCAGCACCACUGACUGGCCAAUGAGUUUUCUCGACCACAUGGAGGCGCUGUCAGUCAAAGUUCCGGUGUCCAGCUCCGUCUCUCCUGUCUGUGGUCCUGACGUCCUGGAGGCGUCCGUCGAUGCUCGGGCCCUGCUGACCAGCAGCACCAGCGACGUUCCGGGUUUCAGCGUCGACGACGGCGAUCUGUCCUUCCACCCUCUGCUGGGCCACGACAGCCUGAUGUCGGAGCGGGACAGCCAGGCCGACCCCGACGCCUCAGACACCCCACACUCCUUUGAGCUGUGCCCUCCUCGCGGACCCAGCGACUGCACCUCGUCCUCCUUCGACAUCGUGUUCGAGGACUCAGGAUGCGACCGAGACGUCGACGCCGACACGGAUUCGGCCUCGGGCGCUGUCAGUCCAAGCACGACGACGGAGAAGAACAGCUCGUCUUCAUCGCACACCAAGAAGGAAACCGCCCCACCCUCUUCUUCUUCACCUCCCCGACCAACCUCACUCACCCUGGCGCUUCCCACUACACCCCCGACCCAGCGGACCAUGCCCUCCCCUAAGGUGUACCUCUACAUCCAGAUGCAGCUUUGUCGGAAGGAGAACCUGAAGGACUGGAUGGCCCAGCGCUGUCUGCCCGAGCAGAGGGAGCACAACCAGUGUCUGGACAUCUUCCUCCAGAUCGCAGAGGCCGUCGACUUCCUGCACAGCAAAGGGCUCAUGCACAGGGACCUGAAGCCCUCAAACAUCUUCUUCACCAUGGACGACGUGGUGAAGGUGGGAGACUUUGGACUGGUCACCGCCAUGGACCAGGAGGAGGACGACGACGAGUCCAGCACCCUUACGCCGGCGCCGCUCCUGACCCGGCACACGGGCCAGGUCGGAACCAAGCUCUACAUGAGCCCGGAGCAGCUUUCUGGAAACUCGUACUCUCAUAAAGUGGACAUUUACUCACUGGGCCUGAUCCUGUUCGAGCUGCUGUAUCCAUUCAGAACCCAGAUGGAGAGAGUCAGGACGCUGACAGAGGUGAGAGCGCUGCGCUUCCCAGAGGUUUUCUCCAAAAACAACGUCCAGGAGUUGAGUAUGGUCCACAGUAUGCUGUCCUGGAGCCCCGGCGAGCGCCCAGAGGCGGCUGACAUCACCGGGAACGCCCUCUUCCAGGAGCUGGAGCUGGAGCUGCCUUGCCGACUGGCCAUGAGGCAGCGCUCCCGCACCUACAGCGCCUCCUCCAUGGGCCGACCCGCACGCCAAACAUCCACUACAUAAAAAAGACCCCGCAACGCAAUACAACCCCCUCAUUCUCCCCCUUCCUCCUCCUCUGCAGCCCCCACCUCAGCGCCCCACCAUUACACACUGCCUCACACACAAUCACUUUAAAGAGACAAAUGUGCUGGAAUUUGUCUAAACGGCAAAGUCCAUACAUAUAUUUCUCCUGCUGGGCAAACACUCACGCCGUUACACAGCCGCUCGGCCCGAGUUUCCAAUUUUUAAUCUGUUUUAAUUAAGCGGCAGCCGUUCUGUAAUGUUCCGUAAUGUUCCGAGCAGACUUGGCCGGAGCGGUUCUCGCAAUUUAUUUCUCGGAGGUUGUUUUAAAAAAGGCUGCGAGUACCAGAUGGGCCGUGUUUACCGCAGACGUCGGGGCUUAGCGUACAAUAAGCUGUUACCCAGAGAACGUGACGCCUAAUUGAUUCUGAUAUGAUUACCAGCCACUCCUCCGAACCCUACUCACGGUCUCCUCCUCUUCGUCUGGUGCUCAGAGAGAACCGACAUUUUUUUUUUUUGUUGUUUUUUUUUCUGAUUCGAUCCCGGUCUGGUCAUAACUGGCCACCUGCUCAGUGUUCACCCACCCACGCUACACCUCAGGUAUGGAACCCAGAGGACACUCCAAAGGGGCCUUGGAUGCUUGAUCGUCCUGAACACUAGUGAGGAGUUUUCACCAUCACUGGUACGAGCACUAACCGCUGAUCCAGCACCCGACACGCCUGAUUCGGGAUACCAAAAAAAAAAAAAAAAAAAAAAAAGCAUAAUCAGUUUUUUCCUGCGUUUUUAAAAAAAAUUGUUUUGUAAAGGAGAAGGUGAUGCGUUGCGUAGAACAGACUUCACCCGAUAUGAUUUGCCUUUAGGAAGGGGCUCCGGCCUCCCUGAAUCGAAUGAGUGCUUUUGUUUUUUUCUGCAUGAGCCUGACUAGAAGACGAUGAGUGUGAGUUUGCGAUCUGGAAGCCGAUACGACUACUACUACUACUACUACUUCUUCUUCUUCUUCUUGUGUGUAAAUUUACACAGUGACUCGACGAGGUGCUCAAUCAUUUAACUACACCUCCUUUUCUGCUCCUCUGUACAGAACCCAAAGGGAAGGGAAAAACCUGUUAAUAUCUUUUUUUUUUUGUUUUGUUUUGUUUUUUCUUGUUCUUUCUGAAGAUAAUUUUGAUCGAUACUGUACAUAUUGUAAGGCGCCAUUGCUUGUAAAUGGCUUUUUCAUAAGGCGACUGUAAGAUAGUGUGAUAUUUUAUAAGGGGGGAAGAAAACCAAGGAGACGAUCUCUGCCAUUAACAGAUAGCUGAAUGUUACAGCGUGACCUCCACGGACCCACGACGGCGGUCAUCUCUUAAAGCUGUUUGACAUUAUUCUCAGUGUUUGGUUUCAACAUUUGGGGGGGGCGAGGGUGGGGGUGGGAGGGGUUUGAGGUUUGAGGGACGACCUGCAGGACCAGAGUGCCAUUUGAGAGUCAGUUAAGUGUACUUUUCUGUAACUGUUCAGUCACCUCACGUUAUUUUGUAAAAAAAAAAAAACAACAACAAAAAACUACAAAAUAAAAAAAAAACCCAAACUAAACGUGCUCCUCAUUCACCCGAAGCACAACGAACCGAUCUCCCACGACGCAGGAUAAAGCAUUUAACCACAAAGGCGACGCCGUUUCGGUCCCCUUUGAGGACAUGGACCUGGUUUGGGUCAUGUGAUCCUUUAUAAGCAUUGAUUUAUGUAUAUAUAUAUAAGGAGCGCUGCGAGAGUCACAUGACCCGUUUGUAACGACACACACGCAAACUGCUAAUUGUAAAUCGCUUCGAUGAUUGUACUUUUGUAAGGAUUUCUUCUUUUUUGGAUAAGUUUUUUGAUUAAUCUGCAGGGGUUUUGAGUACUGUUAAGUCUUGACUAUGUCCGAUACACGUUGUUUAUUCAUCUGUCCAAUCAGCUCACUGGAAUUGACUCAUGAUUUUGUUUUGUUUUUUUUAAAUUUUCAAUUCAGAACAGCAUUGAAAAACAUUGGAAAAAUGUUAAAUUGUCAGUUUAGAAGGUGAACUAUGCGCAUUGGGACUCAUUUUAGGGCAUUGCAUGUACUGUGACCGGACCUUUUGUUGACUUGUUCCAAAAUUUCCACAAUUUUACGACCGAAUUUUGCUAGAAUUGUGACACAAGAACGUUUUUUUACAGCAGAGAAGGCGACUGGAAACACUGUAAAUCACCUCGUAAAUAGCUCGUCAUUGUCAUCGUAUCAUCAAUAUCAAACAGCAUUAUUAACAAUAGUGUUUUAUCUGAGGUUCUACACUUGAUUUUUUUUUUUUUUUUUGUUCUUUUUCGACUCCGGUAAAAUGUGAUGAUAGCUUUGUUCCACGCUUCGUUGAGUUUAUGUCGAUCCUCUUCCUCUUCUUCCUCUUCCGUCCGGACACAUAGUUGUGUGUGUGUGUGUGUGUGUUCUCGUGCACAACUCCCAUUUCUCUGUCCGUGUUCAAUUGUAAAUAUGUUCAUUUGCUUUAUUUAUGUUCCGAUGCCGUGAUCAAUCCGUUCUGGGUUGGUGUUAUUAUGAAUGCGCUUCAUGCGAUGGAGUGCGUUGGAAUAUGAUGACUUCUUACAAGUCUAAAUUUAAUAAACUGUUCUAUACCGUUUGUACA